AUGGGGUUCAAGUCCCUGAUCAAGUGGUGUAUCUCGGGGGCGCUCUCGGGGGGCGACCAACCACGCUCGGGCCGAAAUCCGAUGGAAUAUUUGCUGCGAAACGCCGCGCCAUCGAGCCAGAAAGCAGGAAGAAGUAGGAGAAGAAGCAACGAGGAAGGAGAAGGAGAAGAGUCGAAGAAGGAAGAGGUGGAGAGGGACGAGUACGGGAUAGCGCUCCGAUCCUCGCGGACCACUACUGUCGAUGCCGAACCAGCGGCAGCGACGCCGGCUUCAUCGGCGUCCAAGGAACUCAAGAUCGGCGGCUCGACGGUCUCCAAGCUCCUGCCUCCUCAAGUAGCAGUCCAAUCCACCACUCCCGAAGAACUCCACACUGCAGCAGAGAUCCAUCCUCCAGCUGCUGCCGCGCUGCUUCAGCUCCAUAACCUCGUCCUCGACCAUCCCCACAGCCAGCUCCAACACUUCCUCACUACCUCUUCACUCGCACUUCGCCAGCCGCACGAGUUCUCCAAGCUCAUCAACGGUUAUCUCAAUGGCUAUACAGCUUUCCAUCAAGCCUGUGACAUAGGCGACCUAAAGAAAGUUGAGAUGUUGUGUGGUGCUGGGGUUGAUCGGGGGUUGAAGGACGAGAUGGACGGGUUGACGGGACUCGAGUUGGCGCGGGAGGCCGGCCGGACGGAGGUGGUGGGCUUCCUGUCGAGCCUCUGA